AUGGAGCAGGACGAAUUGCUGACAGCUACAGAGGAGUCGGCCCUCCUCUCCGUGCCACCUCCCGGCACAGACCGAGGCAGCUGGCCCCUACGAAGGGGUCGCAUAUCUGCAUUCCGACAGCACGUGCAACAAUGGCGGACGUUCUACUCCUGCCUGCUGCUUCUCUUCCUAGUCGACGCCCCCAUGUUCAUGGGUGAAGGCCCGAGGAUCCGGAUGCUCGAGAUGGGUCUCUGUCGAGAGUACUAUCAGACCAGGGACCCGGGCGUCAUCGGGCCCGGCGGGAGUGUACCGGAGCGCCUGUGCAAGCUAAGAGACAUUCAGAGCCCGCUCGCCCGCCUGCGGGGGUUCCUCGGCCUCCUCGAGGGCCUGCCGGGCCUGUUGUUUGCGGUGCCGUACGGCAUACUCGCCGAUGCCAGCGGGCGGAGGCUGGUCGCCGGUGCGUGUCUGGUUGGCUUCAUCCUAAGGGACGCCUGGACAUUUGUUGUGCUCUACUUCCACGAAGUGUUCCCUUUACAGGCCGUCUACGCUGCUCCGGCUUUUGUGCUACUCGGAGGUGGGACGACGCUCUUCGGGCCGAUGAUAAUGGCGAUUGUGGCUGCUACUGUCCCAGAGGUGUUCAGGUCAGCCGUCCGCGAUAAAGAGAUCGGCUAUGAAAUCUACGAAACUGAUGCUCUUGUUCGCAGGACCCAAGCUUUCUUCUACGUCCACGUUGUGAUCCUCAUCUCUGAGAUGGUCGCGCCGGCAAUAGGUGUACUACUCCUGGAUGCGAUCGGGCCGCAUCUGACUUUCCUCGUCGGCAUACCAGUGAAAGCACUUGGCUUCAUUGCCCUGAUCUUUAUUAGAGAAAAGCCCAAAGAAGGAGACGACAGCCAUCAUGAUUCACGAGGAGAAGAAGCUGAACCAGAGAUACAGGGCAAGAUACGGCAGCCCCUGGCUAAUCUGAUGCGUUACAUUCGUGACGACAUAGGUUCGAUCCUCACCAACCGGCUUGUAUUCAUCGGCCUCCUCGUCCUCCCAGUCCAGAAGCUCAGUCGACCGAUGUUGGAGCUCAUUCUGCAGUACAUGUCAUUCAAAUUCGGGUGGCCACUCAGCAGGACCAGCUACUUAAUAUCAAUACAAGCCGCCACGCAAAUAGUGCUGUUCCUGGUCCUUCUCCCCAGUGCAAACCGUUUUCUCCUGGCGAGGAGCUGGCAAGCCUCUGCAGCCAGUCUGGAACUCUCUAGGGUAUCUGUGCUGUUUUUGGGAUCUGGGUGCCUAGGCAUGGCAUUUGCGCCGACUGCUCCCUUAUUCAUUACAUUCAUGAUUAUCAAUGUGUUUGGAGCCGGAUACGCCUCAGCAAUGCGAUCGUUUCUGACAUCCCUCGUCCCCGAGAGGCACAUCGCUCUGUUAUACACGACCAUGGCGCUCUUUGAAGGCACUGCGGUAUUAGCUGCCGCGCCGCUGCUUGGGCUGACAUUCUCUGCCGGAGUGGAACUGGGCGGUAAUGCGGUGGGGCUUCCAUUUUUCGUCUCGGCGGGUGUUUAUGGAUUGGGCGCAAUAGGAGUAUGGUUCAAACCACGAAACCCGUGCAGAAGUAUGAGUGUUUACUGGAUUCAACAAAAUGCCGAGGUUCUUGACACUUUAGAAGGGAACGAAGAUGUUAAGGUUGUCAUAUUUUCCAGUGGGAAUCCCGACUACUUCGUUGCUCAUUAUGACCUCAGACCAACUGGUCCAGAAGCCCCUUCAGUCAAAGAUCAGCAGGAGAAGCUAUUCAACAACAUACUCUUCAAAAUUUCCAAGUCCCCUAUAAUUUUCAUUGCCGAGAUAGCCGGUAUCGCCCGAGGAAUUGGUAGCGAGUUCAUUCUUCACUGUGACAUGCGAUUUGCAGCUAAACACAAGACCAAACUCGGACAACCAGAAGUGACGGUAGGGAUUGCGCCUGGAGCUGGCGGAAUCGACUAUUUGGUUCGGCUUCUUGGGCGGGCUCGCGCUCUUCAGUAUAUGGUCACUGGAGAAGAUGUUGACGCAGAUACGGCUGAGAGACUUGGCUGGAUCAAUCAGGCAUUGGAGCCUGUUGAGUUGUCGAAGCACGUCGAUCGCAUUGCGGCCAAAGUUGCCACCUUCUCUUCUCAGGCAUUGGCUGGUAUAAAGGACCGUGUGAAUGCACGUUCGCGCCCUGAUGAUGCUGAUAUAUUGAAAGACGCUCAAUUAUUAGCAGAACUGAUGGAACAAUACCAACAAAGAGCUUCACAGAGACUUUGA